AUGGCGUGGACGGCGAGUCGUGUUGAGCGAGUUCUAAAUGGGAUUGCUUCACUCCACAUAAAGAGGGAUACCGACUGUGUGGAGCGUCUGCAACGAGAGAAUGAGCGAUUGAGUAAUGAAUUGGCUGAAAUGGAGCGGAUACACACUGCAGCAAUACAGGAUCUUUCUGAGAAGGGGUCAAAGAUGGAACAGCUGAUGCGGCAGCUUUUAUCCGAGCGAAGUCGCCUGACAGCGGAUUUGGCGCAGAUGCGUGAGGCAAAAAUUUCUCUUGAAAAGAGACUCAAUUUAAGGUUCUCCUCAACGGACGCUUUGAUGAAAGCUGAUCUGGCUGUGCAAACAGAUGCGUUGAGCCCGCUUGCUCUUUUCAACGAGCAGAGUACACAAAUGUUUCAGGAUUUGGGGAAUGUGGCUGUGCAAACAGAUGCAUUGAGCCCGCUUGCUCUUUUCAACGAGCAGAGUACACAGACGUUUCAGGAUUUGGGGAAUGUGGCUGUGCAAACUGAUGCAUUGAUCCCGCUUGCUCUUUUCAACGAGCAGAGUACACAGACGUUUCAGGAUUUGGGGAAUGUGGCUGUGCAAA